AACUCCAACCCCCAACCUCGGGCUCAAGCAAGCGACAUGCUGCUGAUGUGCGCCCUCAGACGCUCACGGGCAGCGUGUCCCUCCGCGCUCCUCGUGAAACACCAACACCGUGGCCACCCGCCAGACCACCACCACCACCUCGUCCUCCUCCACCUCGUCCGCGCCUCCUCGUCCACGUGCCGGCCUCCCCAGGGCGCCGCGAGUCGCCCCGCACCUCCGCCGCGUGGUCGCGGGGGGCCGUGGGCGAGGGCGUCGCCGGUCGCCCCGGGGUCCUGGAGGCGUCUCAGCGCGGCGUCGCUGGUGGCAGCGGCCCCAGAGUCCACGCGUCCUUACCUCCGUCUCAUGCGGCUGGACAAGCCCAUAGGCACCUGGCUGCUCUACCUGCCGUGCACGUGGAGCAUCGCGUUGGCGAGUGUUCCAGGCUGCCUGCCCGACCUCGAAAUGCUCGCACUGUUUGGCCUGGGCGCGGUGUUUAUGCGUGGCGCCGGAUGCACUAUCAACGACAUGUGGGACCGCGAUUUCGACCGAAAGGUGGCUCGUACGGCCACGCGUCCCAUCGCCUCUGGGGAGGUGAGCCGCUUCGGAGCCCUGGUGGUGCUGGGAGCGCAGCUCAGUCUCAGCCUGGGCAUCCUCCUCUGCCUCAACAACUACAGCAUAGUGCUGGGUGCGUCUUCUCUACUUGUGGUUGUCAGCUACCCCCUGAUGAAGCGAAUAACCUACUGGCCACAAUUCGUUCUAGGGUUGGCAUUUAACUGGGGUGCUCUGCUGGGCUGGGCAGCAGUGCGUGGCGCUUGCGACUGGAGCGUUUGCCUUCCACUCUAUUUCUCCGGAAUCAUGUGGACGCUGAUCUACGAUACAAUAUACGCUCACCAGGACAAGGUGGACGAUGCGGUGGUGGGCAUCAAAUCCACUGCCCUCCUCUUUGGCGAGAGCACCAAGUCUUGGCUGGCAGGGUUUGCUGUGGCCAUGACGAGUGGGUUGGUGGCAGCUGGGGUCGCCAGUGAGCAGACCUUGCCUUACUAUGCCUCCGUAGCACUCGUGUGCCUCCACGUGUCUAAUCAGAUCCGCACACUGGACGUGGACAACAGCGAUGACUGCUGGAAGAAAUUCUGCUCUAACCGCACUCUCGGCCUUCUUCUCUUCGCUGGGAUUGUGGCCGGCACCCUGGCUAAGGGGAAGCAAGGGCCUGAAGAUGGACGAGGACAUGAAGGCGCCGUGUCGGCUGAAACCCACAAUCAAGCUGAAUAAACAAAAGCACUGGGCUUAAGAGUGCACGGCAAUUGUUUGCAUGUGUGUACGUUGAACUUCUUUUUGCACCAUAUGUAGCCAACCGUGCUAAUCAGAGGUGCGGGGUAAGGACAACACACUGAACUCAACAUUUUUUUUUCACAUGUAUUUUUGUACAGCAUUGCCAAGUGAGUGCUCGGAGAACUGAUCGCCUGUCUGCAGCACGGAAUCACUGGUGUAAAUAACACAUUUCUACAGUGAUGUUGAAUCGAGACAAUCCGAAGGACAACCACUGUUGACUUUCCACAAAGUGGUGCCUAUUUUAUCGACCCUAGUCAGCAUGUAAACUUUGAUAUCAAAUAUGAAAGUCAUGCCAUGAAGAGAAAUAACAUCCAGAACACAGAAGAACACGUGUUGAACGUGUCACGACAUGUCACGGAUCAGUGUUGAUCCUCUUUAUGUCUAGGAAUGGCACUGGAAGAUGCCACAACAGUAAUUUUAAAUUAACUUAAUGUGUCUCUUACCCAACACUAGACGGCGUUUAAUCAUGCUGUAUGAAUAUCUGUUCAUUAAACAUCAGUGUAUGUAUUAACGCUAGCUCUCAGCUAGGCUGAGCUAAUUUCAGUAAAAAAACGGAUUUGUGUGCGUGUGUGUUGUCAUUGGUCAUUAGAUUGAGACCAAAAUGUCUGCUCGUUGAGAAGUUGCGAUCAAUCCAGGGUGCUUUCUACAUCUUAACGUUUCUGCAGUGCAACCUCAGUGUUCUGACACCAACAUCAAUCCCUGAUCCACUCGACCCAAUCCUCAAUGCCGUUAUGUGUACCUAGCCAACCGUGCUAAUCGGAAGGUGCAGGGGAAAGCUUCAUCCUGGUUGUCCCUACGAUCAGUGUUGAUUCCCAAGCGGUGUACCAUACAGACUCUGAAAUUACCGUAGCCCUCACACCUUGAUACAGUCCUCGACAUACACCAUGAAACAUCGCACUGCAAAGAUUAUAGCAAGGAAAGCGAUUUAAAUCGGUGGGGGGGGGGGGGGGCUAUUGUACACGUUCACCGUGCCGUGAUCUUUUGAUUCUCGUCAAUAAUUGGCAAAAAGCGACGGACAUAAAGUGAUUGGACGCUAUACCCGUCGAAGAGCCGUCUCUGGUGCUCAGACGUGCACAUAAUGCCUCGUCGUCGUGCGUGAGAAUUGUCCUUAGGCCUUUGUGUUCAUUUACGGAGUCAACUCCAAAGGCUGCCCUUCACGUGAGUGUGUACUCUUUAACAAGUCCAAAUGUUCUUUCACUGACGUAUUUAUACAGUUUGUUUAAAAUAGCUUUCAACAAUUUAUAAACCGUGCCUGUUAACGGUGGGCCCAGACGCAGUGCUUACAAUCGUUUACUUGGAAAAUAAAACAUUUUCAUUA